AUGGAUGAGUUUCUCGCAACAGUCGGCGUUCAAGCCAUGAGAUAUGCCAUUCGCUCUGGCAUCGCCUUAACAUCAUCCUACGCCAUCGGUCAAUGUUCGCGGCUGCUGAAGUCAGUCGAAGACAAAGCAGUCCAUGCCGAGCUCAAAUCCUUGCAAAACCAGCUCGACAACAAAAUAAAGAUCAUCUCUCCCGCCAUAGACUUGAUCGAGUUCAAGUCAGGAAGAGGCAAUGUCUUUCUUGAAUCAGCUGCUCCCCUUGCGAAGUCGCUUCAUAAGGAUAUCGUCUCGCUUGGGCGGCGCAUAGAGGCCGUCACUACUGUCGAUUCAAACAGUAGUCGUGUCCAAACGAAACCAUUGCGAGUUAGUCGUGAUGACUUGGUGGCCAUCGCUUCCGGGAUAAAGGCAUUGUUAGAGCGAAUAGACCGCGAGAUCCCACUUCUGCAGUUGGCUAUUAGUGCGUCUGGAGAGAGCCUUUCAACAUCAUUACCUGCUGGCAUAUCGCCGUCGAGAUUACUACAGGCCAGCACUCUACUUACUGUUGGCGACACGCAGUUUGCCCAAGACCCAACAAGACCCGUCCAGAUUGGCCCGGCGUUUACUCUUUCUUUGUAUAUGCUAUUUCUUGGGCAUGCAUCCACACUGAUACCACACGGCGCGACAGAUAUCACAGACAUCACAAUCUCUACCCACAACCACUCCUCAAGUUCGUCAAGCAUCGGUACAGGCUAUGGCUUGGGUGAAGGGGAACGAAAGCCAUUGUGGCAAGAGGUCCUACAUAAGGCUCGUGUGCGUAUCUGUAGAACCCGAAGAGACACCUAUUUCGAUAGCCAGCGAGGUUAUUGUGCUGUACCACUGGAAGACUACACGCUUCCUCUUCCGGAAGCGACUGGUGGCGGUGAAUACGCCUAUCACCUCGAAAUCAUCGAAGAUCUAGACGAUGGUCGCGUGCAUGACGAUGAGCGUGGUAUUCAGUCAUACGGUGACAUCCCGCAUGCAGGCAUUCGCGAGUCUAUACCGGUUCAUCAGUUGUCAAAAAUCUUCUACACAGACACAGGCCGGAUUUUAAACAUAGGGUCAGCUACCGACAGCGAGCAAAGACCGGUUCUGCUCCUAAAAAGGGAUGUCCAAGUUGGACCGUCCAGGUCAGAGCGUGAUGAUAUCAACGGGUUUAUCGAGGAACUCGACAGAGAGAGCAACGGUGUGGUAUUGGAUUUGACCAGUAAGGACGGUGACCAGGCAGACAUCGACAAACAACUGCUGGGAGAGUUUGUCCGCCCUGCAGCCGAGGACUCAAAUGUCAAUGUCCCUCCCUCGAAGGAUUAUUUUAAGUGGAAGUUUCCUGCACAUCUUGAUCCCGAGUGGAUGGCUCUUGAGGUGUAUGAGGAACAAGAGGACGAUGACGACCCCGAAGAAGAGGACGAUAAUGACUCUUUGGAUUCGGCGAGGCUGGAUCAGCCAAAAGUGAUAUCAAAGUCCAGUACUCCUCGUCGUGGCAGGAGAUCCCUGGAUUCGAGGGUAGUUGAUCAGAUCAAGAGGCUGUCGCUGAGUAGCCCUGAGAAGAUGAGCUCUUUGCAAGCAGCCAUGUCAUCACCAACUGAGACAGAGGAUUUUGUCGCCCGGUCACCGUUCGGAGGGAUUACAACAUCCUUAUCCUUGAUGGAGAUGCUGAUACGACUGGCUAGUCUCCAGGAGUUUCAGCAAACGUCUCAUCUGUCUAUUCCCGAUCACAUCCUGACAUUCUUCCUGGAAGAGACUUCGACUACGGGUUUGGUUGGUGAGACACAAUGGAGGGCCCGGAGUGAGGCAAAGCGUCGCAUGGGAUUUGACCCCUAUACCGAUGCCCCGACAAGAUAG